AUGGAGGAAACCAAAGUAGCAAAAACCUUCCCAGUUAAACCAAAUCUCAAAACCAAACCACGAACUCCAAAACAAACUUCCGAAUCAAAAUACUGGUCCUCCUUCAAAACCCAACAAAUCCCUAAACUCCUCUCCAUCCCUUCCAUCACGUUUUCACCAACUCCACCUCACUCCUUCGUCGCUGCUAACUCAGCCUCCCUCUCGAUCUUCAGCUCCAAAACGCUCUCCCAAACCGCCACCAUCUCCUCCUUCCUCGACGUCGUCUCCUCCGUUUGCUUCCGUAACGACGGACGUCUUAUUGCCGCUUCUGACCUCUCCGGUCUCGUUCAGGUCUUCGAUGUCAACAACAAGCGUACUUUUCUCCGUCGUCUUCGAUCUCAUAAUCGCCCUGUUCGGUUUGUUCAUUACCCUCACCAUGAUAAGCUUCAUCUUAUUUCCGGCGGUGAUGAUGCGCUCGUUAAGUAUUGGGAUGUUGCGGAGGGGACUGUGAUUCAUGAGUUUUAUGGCCAUAAGGAUUAUGUCAGGUGCGGUGAUUCCUCUCCGGUUAAUUCUGAUACUUUUGUUACUGGUUCGUAUGAUCAUCUUGUUAAGCUUUGGGAUGUUAGGGUUAGGGAUUCUUCGAAAUCUGCAAUGGAUUUUAACCACGGGUGUCCUGUGGAGGAUGUUGUUUUCUUGCCUUCGGGAGGGAUUAUUGCCACGGCCGGUGGGAAUUCUGUUAAGCUUUGGGACUUGAUUGGAGGUGGGAAGCUUCUGUAUUCCAUGGAGAGUCACAACAAGACUGUGACUUCGAUUUGUGUUGGUCGAAUUGGGAAGGAUUCUGGAGAUGAAUCGAAUCAAAAUAGGAUAAUGAGUGUUGGUUUGGAUGGUUAUUUUAAGGUGUUUGACUAUGGUUCUAUGAAGGUUACUUAUUCAAUGAGGUUCCCUGCACCUCUUUUGUCUCUUGGCUAUUCGCCAGAUUGUGCUACUAGGGUGAUUGGAACUUCCAAUGGAAUAAUUUAUGCUGCAAAGAGGAAGAUAAAGAAGACCAAGAUUGGGGAGACUGGGAUAGAGGAGACUGGGAUUGAGGAGACUGAUAUUGAGGAGACUGAGAUUGGGAAGACUGAGAAGAGGAAGAUAAAGAAGACUGAGAUUGGGGAGAGUGAGGAUAGUUCAUUUUGGAGAAUUAGGCCUGUGGAGAGUAAUGAGAAGAAGGUUUUGACAAGUAAUUACUAUAGGUAUUUUCAAAGAGGGCAAGGAGAGAAACCAUCUGAGGGUGAUUACUUGGUUAUGAAGCCAAAGAAAGUGAAGUUGACAGCACAUGAUAAGCUUUUGAACAAGUUUAGGCACGGGGAGGCUCUAGUGUGUGUAUUGGAAGGUAAGAAUCCUGGCUAUGUGGUUGCGGUAAUGGAGGAAUUGGUGUCUAGGAAGAAACUGUUGAGGUGUGUUUCUGAUUUGGAUUUGGCGAACCUGGAACUGCUUUUGGCUUUCUUGCAUAAGUAUUGUACUGUGCCUAAGUAUUCUAGGUUGUUAUUGGGAUUGGCCAAUAAGGUUGCUGAAAUGAGGGCAGAUGAUAUUAGGGCUUCUGAAGUUCUCAAGCAACAUAUAAGAAAUCUCAAGAGCACGGUCGAGGCGGAGAUACGGAUUCAACAGUCCUUGCAAGAGAUACAAGGGAUAAUUUCUCCUUUGUUGAGGAUUGCUGGAAAAAGAUGA